UCGAAUAUGUAAUCAGUCGUUGGAAAUUAAGUAAUCGUUAAACACAGAGAGCGUUAAAAACAAACUGCGUACAGUUCAUAAUAAAAUUAAAUAUCGUAAAAAAAAACAAAACAUACAUCACAAAUUCGAAAAACUUACGUGAAAACAGUUUUGAUUAAAAAUCGGUGAAGCACAGUGAAAUAGUUUUCGUAAUAAAUUGCUGAAGUAAAUUUCAUUGAACCACAGCGGAACAAACACGAACAAAAUGGAGUUUAAACUGAAUGCACUUAUUAGCACGAUGAUGUUGACCAUCAUAUUUGCCAUUAUUGUUGACUGCAGACUUAUCAAUGCGCCCACUGACGCUGAAAAUGAAGAAUAUUACUUUUCCGGCGUACCAGUAUAUACACCAAGUCGUGAAUGCUCGAUGGCUGGAGGCAUUUGUGUCCAAGAAGGAGAUUGUGCAAAAGGCCAAUUAGUUGGAUACAAACUGGGCUUGUGCGAAGAUCAUGAAAUGGGAGUCGAAUGCUGUUAUGAAGUCAUACCACGAGAAGCACCAUGUAAACAAUUUGGAGGCAAGUGCACGAAAAAUUGCAAACAAAAUUCAUUACGUCAACAUCUUGCCAACGAUUGCACUGGCGAUGAAAUAUGUUGCGUUCUAGUGCAAUAGGAGAGUGACCAUAUGCUGUCACACAUUUUUUUUUUUGUAAUGAAACGAAACAAUUUUAAUGUAACAAUAAUAAUAAGUAUGAUUUCUGUGUUGUUUAA